GGAAAAGUACUUAUAGCAGUCGAACUGGCAGACAGCCAAAGCCCAUCAUCCAUUGCACCACAUAUAUAUCAAGCCAAAACUCUCGUGACAAAAGUGUCCAAAAACAAACACACACACACACACACACACCAAAAUCCUUAUCGUUCUCAUGACUUUUAGUAAUACAUUGAUUCUUUCUUCCUUUAUCCUGUGGCAGCUGCUUCUAAUUACUACACCCGUCCCAACACUCCACCACCAUCAUCAGGGCCGGACUUCGGUGGCCGCCGCCGCCUUAUUGGGAGGAGGCAAAUGGGCUCUACUCCAAUCAAGCAUUGGCAUAACAGCCAUGCACAUGCAACUCCUCCACACCGACAAAGUUGUCAUAUACGACCGAACCGAUUUCGGCCCAUCAAACAUUUCAUUGCCUUCCGGCGUUUGCCGGAACGACUCCCAAGAACUUGCCUUGAAACUAGACUGCACCGCUCAUUCGGUCGAGUACGACGUCGUUAGGAACAACUUCCGACCGCUCAAUGUCCUCACCGACGUUUGGUGCUCUUCCGGCUCAGUCAUGCCCGACGGGACGCUCUACCAAACCGGAGGGUUCAACGACGGCGAACGCGUGGUCAGAUAUUUCCGGCCAUGCAAUUCCGGCGGGUUAUGUGAUUGGACAGAAUUGAAUAACUCGCUGUUAGCCAAAAGAUGGUACGCGACGAACCACGCUUUACCGGACGGGAGGCAGAUAAUCGUCGGCGGUCGCCGGCAAUUCAACUAUGAGUUUUAUCCCAAGACAGCCACAACUAAUAAACUCUUUGAUCUUCCUUUCCUACGACAAACAAACGAUCCAGCCGCUGAGAAUAAUUUGUACCCUUUGGUAUUCUUAAAUGUGGAUGGCAAUUUAUUCAUUUUUGCCAAUAACCGAGCAAUCCUGUUAAAUUACAAUACUGGUGCUGUGGUGAAGUCGUAUCCAACGUUUCCUGAUGUUAAUCCAAGGUCAUAUCCGAGUACGGGGUCAGGGGUACUUUUGCCAUUGAAGGGAAAAGGUCCGGUUGUUGAAGUUUUGAUAUGUGGAGGUGCUCCAAAAGAUGCAUUUAGUAAGGCCAAAAAUGGUGUCUUUGUGGGUGCAUUGAAUACGUGCGGUAGGAUUAGUAUAAGUUCACAAAACCCACAAUGGGUCAUGGAAACUAUGCCUUCAGCUCGGGUCAUGGGUGACAUGUUACUUUUGCCUAAUGGGAAUGUCCUCAUCAUUAAUGGAGCUGCGAGUGGAACCGCGGGUUGGGAAUACGGUCGCGACCCGGUCCUCGCGCCUGUUUUAUAUAAACCAGAUGCGAUAUCUGGGUCGCGAUUCGAGGUACAGAGUGUUACGAGUAAGCCGAGGAUGUAUCAUUCCACUGCGAUUUUACUUCGAGACGGUCGGGUUUUAGUUGGAGGUAGUAACCCGCAUGUUGGGUACAUGUUUACUAGCGAUGUCCUUUUUCCUACGGAGUUGAGUUUGGAAGCCUUCUCCCCAUCGUACUUAUACUCAGGAUUCGACUCGUUGAGGCCGCGAAUUGUUGCACCCGUGACACAAUCUCUAAUCAAGUAUGGUCAAUCUUUGGUUGUCCAAUUCGGUAUUGACGGGCCAGUGAAGGCUAAUUUGGUCAUGGUAACAAUGAUUUCACCGUCUUUUACUACGCAUUCGGUUUCUAUGAAUCAGAGGUUAUUAGUUCUUGGUGGGAUGAACAACGUUUCAUCCGUAGGUAAGUCAACUUAUCAAGUGACGGUUAAUGUACCAAGUAACCACAAUUUGGCGCUUCCUGGGUACUAUCUUCUAUAUGUGGUACACCAAGAUAUUCCAAGCGUUGGCAGUUGGGUACAACUACAGUGAAUAGAAAGAAGAUUGGAAAAAGAUAUAUAGAGAUGAUGAUAUAGUGAAUUAAUUAGCUUGGAAUCCAUUUUACAGUAGCACGAAGGUUUUUUUUUUUUUUUAAAUAUACAGGAUGGAAAUUAAAGUGGGAAUCACAUAUACAAAGUGUAUACAUCACGUGUAAUAUACAAACAUUAUACUGAAGCAUUACAUUAUGUUCACAUGAUUUUUUGUGAGAUUUUUGUAGCCUUCUCAGCAACUUGGAAAACACAUGAUGUUCACCAGUUUGCUUUCGCGCUACCUGCAAUUUAUGUCUGUGUACAGUGAUUCUAAUCCAAUUGUGGAAAUGGUUGGAAUUUGGAAAUCCCAGAACACCAAGUUAGAGCCAACUACUUAAUGG